AUGAGGUGUGCCCUCCAGACUGGGACGGGCUCAUCUGUUGGCCCGGGCUUGCUACCAAGGUCCCCUGUCCGACUUAUAUCUUCGACUUUAACCACAAAGGACACGCUUACAGGACAUGUGAUGUCAACGGUUCUUGGGUGUUUGCGCACCGCUUGAACAAAACAUGGACCAACUACUCGGAGUGCUUCCUUCAGCCCACUGAUGAGAAAGGGAGACAAGACUUCUUUGAGCGGCUGUGUGUCAUGUACACCAUUGGCUAUGCUGUGUCCUUUAGCUCUCUGCUGGUGGCCAUCUUUAUCAUCGGAUAUUUCAG